GCGAGCUGAGUGUGGGGGGAGGCCUGCAGAGCGCGGUUGGCUCCGGAACCAAGAGCCCAGGCGGGCGCCAUACUAGAAACUAAAAUGGCUGCCCCGGGGAAAGGAGCUCAGCUCGGGCCGUGAGGGGCUGCGCCUCCACCCGCCUCACCGACGAGGGACGUCGCCUCGCCCGGCACACCUCGGACAGGCCACAUCUCCUUGCUGGAAUUUGCCGAUCUUAUGGAACCAUUUUUUGAUGUUACAGCUUAGUAAAGCACCAGAAAUACAGUUCCUGCUUAGCUACCUCCUGUAUUCCUGAGCCAAACAGAAAAAUGAUAAAGUUUUUUCUCAUGGUGAACAAACAAGGUCAAACAAGACUCUCCAGGUAUUAUGAACAUGUGGAAAUUCAUAAGCGGACAAUGCUGGAAGCUGAAGUAAUCAAAAAUUGCCUUUCCCGUUCAAAAGAGCAAUGCUCUUUCAUUGAAUAUAAGGAUUUUAAGCUGGUGUACCGACAAUAUGCAGCCCUUUUUAUAGUGGUUGGAAUCAAUGAAACAGAGAAUGAGAUGGCUGUAUAUGAACUAAUUCAUAAUUUUGUGGAGGUUUUGGACAGAUAUUUCAGCAGAGUGGAGAAGUGGUGUGUAAUGCGUAAUGACCAUGAGGUAAAUGUGAAUUCACCUUAUCUGACUAAAACUGAUACCCACCUAUCUUUUUUCUUCCAGAGUGAAUUAGAUAUAAUGUUCAACUUGGAUAGAGUGCAUAUAAUUUUGGAUGAAAUGGUGUUAAAUGGCUGCAUUGUGGAAACCAACAAGAAUAGAAUUCUUGCACCUCUAUUUGUUCUUGACAAAAUGGCAGAAAGCUAGAAAGAAACAAGCUUACUGAGAAAUGUAUUUUACAAAGCAUUCUGAAAACUUCACAAACAUCCCUACAGCUAUUUUCUGAGACUUCCUAAGGUGAAAUCUUGCAGUAUUUUCAACUGGCUGGAACAUACUGAAGCAAAGAAAUCCAACGUAUAUUCCCUCUUCCGUUCUCCUCCAACCCUAGAACAAAGUAUGCCAUGCCAACGUAAAGGUAAAAAUUGGGACUGAGGAGGGACCAACAGGAACUUCUUUUUCAAAGAGGCAAAUGUCAGUUGACACAGCACUUGUCUUUCUAAAAAGUAACCAUUUUGUUUUAGUAUUUGUAAUUCUGUUCGGGGAAAAAUAUUCAUGAAGCCUUGUAGGUCUGUGGCUAUGCAUCUCACGGUAUGUUUACAUUACAAGCGCUACAGCAGCACAGCUGUAGAUACGCUGUUGUACUGUAGACAUUUACUACAGCAAUGGAAAGGGUUUUUCAGCUGCAGUAGAAAAUCCACCUACUUGAGAGGCGGGACCUAGUUGUGUCUACAGUGGAGUUUAGACUUAACAAUAUUGCACAGCCCUGAGUUAUGUAGCUAGGUCAACUUAAGUUUUAGGUAUGGACCAGGCUUCACCUCCUUCAUUCCAGAAAUAAGGGAUGGAGAAGAUGAGUUAGAAAAUAUUAGUAUAAUUCCAAAUUUGUUUCAGUUCUUGCUUUAAUACUUUAUACCAUAUUAUUAUUCAAAUUUGUUUUCGUAAGUAUGCAUUGGAACUUCUGUACCGAUAUGACCAAUCUUCUUCUAGGUUCAGUCUUCAUAAGGACAGGUUUAUCCUAUAUGCUUUUGUAUAGAACCAAGUGUCAAGUUUGUGUUCACUCAAAUACUAUAGUGAUGGCUGUAAUAAAGGUUCCUGAAUACUAUGGCAGUUGUAGCUAAACUAUUUGGAAACUUAAUUCUAUUAUGUUAAUAAAAGAAUCAGAAUGGUAAAACAAAGGUUAAUUGUUCUUUAUCAUACCCAAAAGGAAGUUGCUCCUUUAGUAGUUUAAUUUUCUUAGUGUAAUGUUUUAGUAUUUUGCUUAUAAACUUGAAAAUAAAGGUUCUCCUUUUCACUAUGGUAUUUUUUCCACUUACACGUCAGUUUCUUGUUGGUAAUAUCAGUAUUCUUUCACAUCUGCAGCAUCAGUGUAAAGAACUGCCAGCUGGGGAAGCACACAAAAUUGUUAGUAAUGGGAUCACAAUCAUCACAGCUUUUCUUCCCCCAACCCUCAGUCUACCAUUAGAUGUUUUUCGUAUUAUAUUCAUUACUAGUCCAAGUCUAGAGUAAAAUCUACAGAAGAGGUGCCUCAGAUUUGUAAGUUUCCUGGUACUGACCAAAUGUACCAAAACUAAUCUAUAAAUCUUUAGGAGCAGUAAAAGAGAGCUCAGUGACUGGUCUUUAAGUAAAUACUGUGACAUGGACAACUGUCCGUCAUCUUUCAUAAGAGUCCCUAAAGAACUGUCAAUUCGUAAUUACUUUCAUUUUCUAAUCACCUAGUACUGUAAACUAGGUUCAGACUGGUAUUGAGGUGAAAACCUCGAUAUUUAAACUAUCCAUCUUCAUUCCCUUUUAGACUAUCAUAUUGAAGGUAGGUCCCAUUGGUUCUUACACCAGACAUCCAUUUGGUAAUAGUAAAAGUACAAUCAGCUGCAUAGAAUUUUCAUUCUAGCACCCUCCCUGUCAGGCAAUUUGACCCUCACUCCUUCCUUACUCCUGUCUCCAUGCCACUGAUUUUUGUCCUGGACUUGGUGAAAGGAGUUUCCAGGAGGCCUGCUGAACUGUCUCAGUACACCAGUGGCCUGCUCAACCAUCUCUGCAUGGAAGUUGCCCACACACCAGCUGUGAGCUGGGUUCCUGUGGUCUGCUGUGUGUCUGCCAUUUCUUAGAAGAGAGGUGGAGGAGGAGGAAGGGUUGUUCUUAAAAAACUGUCCUUCUGGACCUGAGUGUAGCAGUUUUGAGGAAGAAGCCCGCUAAACCACUGAGGAAACAGUUAAAAAAAACAAAAACAAAAAACACUUCAAAAAAAUCCUGUGAAAGCUCUUCUCCAAAAGGGAGCCCUAGAGUCUGCACGUGUGCUAGUUGGAGGCCUAGAAUUCUGGGGAGCGCUCUUUGAGAGGCAAGCCCAGGCUCAGAGCACAGAUCUGGUCUGUCUGCAGUUGAUCUGGAAAUGGGAAACACCCCAUGCUGAAGACUACUCAAUGAAGGGGACUGAGAAAUAUGCAUUUUUCUUACAAGCUUUUGAUGGUUUCAAGACACUUCUGUUAAAAGUGUAGUAACAUCUUAUUUACUUCACCUUUAUAAGUAGUCACUGACCACCAUAACAAAAUUACAAUACAUGGUUCAAUCAAGACAGCCACUGCACCCUCAAAAAACUUUAAUCAACUGCAUCUUGUGGGGUACAGUCAGUCAUUCACCCUGAUGCAAUAUGCAAACUUAGUAUCAUUCAUAUCAUGUCUGAAAAAUACUGAAGCAGCACUGUGCUAGUUCUCAGAAAGUUACACUGCAAAACUCUGAACGCCCUGGCUUAGCCAACAGACACACUAAUGAACAGGUCACUUAUUUGCCCUUAUACCCCAAUUUCUAUUUUCUUAAACUUAGAAAAAUAAGCCACAUUUCUUCAAAAGUAAUGUUUUCAGAACCCUUAUAUUUGACCAAAUUGAAAUAAGAUAUCUAGUCUAUGUACUCAUAUUUGAGGAGUAUGAGAGAAAUAUUCAGAGGAGACACUUUUGUACGCUGCAAACAUUUUAAUGAUUAUUGUUGAGCAUACACAUUGGAAAUUUUUUUAUAUUUCAAACUGCAACAAGUUAAAUAAAUGUUUAUAAUAUACAAGGAAAGUACAACCAAAAGUAAAACUUGCUUUAAGUGUGCCUUGCACCAGGAACCAGUGUUUUGUUUUGUUUUUAAUAGCUUUAUUGUUGAGCUGCACAAACACACUUAAGGAUUUGAUCUUUAUAGCAGGGUAUUUAAGAAGUCAAAAUAUAUUCCCAGUUGAAAGG